GACAGUGAGUAGAGUGUCCUCUUCUCAGUCCUCUUCCUCGUAUAGCCCCCCCCAUCCCGCCGCUGGGUCCCCACCCCACUGCUGUUGGGUAGGGAGGGGAGCCGGAGCGAGGGGGGAGCUACCGGGACUGGAUUUUGGGGAGGCGGAAUUUUAAUGUUGCUUUUUUUUGUUUUUGUUUAAUGUUAUGGUUUUUAACCCGCAAAUACGUCUCUGAACAAUAAAAUCCUGCCAGACACGGUGACCCCACACGCACCCCCCAGGCGGGAGGCAGAGAGAGGGGCGGGGGGUGGCGAGCCUGUGAGAAAAUGGAGGGACCCUCCGGCUCCGCAGAGGAAGGGGAGCUGCCCCUCCUCACUGUCAAGCACGAGCUGAAGAACGCAAAUUUGACAGGCCAUGCAGAGAAGGUGGGCAUUGAAAACUUCGAACUCUUGAAAGUUCUUGGAACAGGAGCUUAUGGAAAAGUAUUUCUAGUGAGGAAAGUAAGUGGCCAUGAUAAUGGAAAGCUGUAUGCCAUGAAAGUAUUGAAAAAAGCAACAAUAAUUCAAAAAGCCAAAACAACAGAGCACACAAGGACAGAACGACAAGUACUGGAACAUAUUAGACAAUCACCAUUUUUGGUCACAUUGCACUAUGCUUUCCAGACAGACACAAAACUUCAUCUCAUUUUAGGUGAACCAUCUUGCUCUCUUCAUCAGUAUUAUGUGUGGAGCAAAAGUCAUGCAAGUUUGCCAAACUAUAUAAAUGGAGGAGAACUUUUUACUCACCUUUCUCAAAGAGAGAGAUUUACAGAAAAUGACGUGCAGAUAUACAUUGGAGAAAUUGUACUGGCUCUUGAACACCUGCACAAGUUGGGGAUUAUAUACAGAGAUAUAAAACUUGAAAAUAUUCUACUUGAUUCUAAUGGCCACGUUGUGCUGACAGACUUUGGUCUGAGUAAGGAGUUUCUUACAGAUGAAAAUGAGAGAGCAUAUUCCUUUUGCGGAACUAUAGAAUACAUGGCUCCAGAUAUUGUCAGAGGAGGAGACACAGGACAUGACAAGGCUGUUGAUUGGUGGAGUCUUGGUGUUCUUAUGUAUGAGUUAUUAACUGGAGCAUCACCUUUUACAGUUGAUGGAGAGAAAAAUUCCCAAGCUGAGAUUUCUAGGAGAAUAUUAAAAAGUGAACCUCCGUAUCCCCAAGAAAUGAGUGCUUUAGCUAAAGAUGUAAUUCAGCGUCUUUUGAUGAAAGAUCCCAAGAAAAGGCUGGGCUGUGGUUCAGGUGGCGCUGAUGAAAUCAGACAACAUCCCUUCUUCCAGAAAAUAAACUGGGACGAUUUAGCUGCCAAAAAAAUACCAGCUCCGUUUAAACCAGUAAUCCGGGAUGAGUUGGACGUUAGUAACUUUGCAGAGGAGUUUACAGAAAUGGAUCCCACAUACUCUCCUGCAGCCACACCACAAACUUCAGAGAGAAUAUUUCAGGGAUAUUCUUUUGUUGCUCCUUCUAUCUUGUUUAAACGCAAUGCAGCCACAGUAGAUCCUGUUCAAUUUCAUAUGGGAGUUGAAAGACCUGGAGUUACAACUAUUGCCAGAAGUGCUAUGACGAAGGACUCUCCAUUUUAUCAUCACUAUGAACUGGAUCUGAAAGAGAAACCACUGGGAGAAGGAAGUUUUUCCAUCUGUCGAAAGUGUUUACACAAGAAAACUAGCCAAGAAUAUGCAGUAAAAAUAAUUAGCAAAAGAAUGGAAGCCAACACCCAGAGGGAAAUAACAGCUUUGAAACUCUGUGAAGGACACCCCAAUGUAGUGAAGUUGCAUGAAGUUUAUCAUGAUCAGCUUCACACAUUUCUAGUAAUGGAACUGCUGAAGGGAGGAGAAUUGCUUGAACGCAUUCAGAAAAAGAAACACUUCAGUGAGACAGAAGCCAGUUAUAUCAUGCGCAAACUUGUUUCAGCUGUGAGCCACAUGCAUGAUGUAGGAGUUGUCCAUAGAGAUCUGAAACCUGAGAAUUUAUUGUUCACAGAUGAAAAUGAUAAUUCAGAAAUAAAAAUAAUUGAUUUUGGAUUUGCUCGGUUAAAACCACCUGAUAAUCAGCCUCUUAAGACUCCAUGUUUUACUCUUCAUUAUGCUGCUCCAGAGCUCUUGAAUCACAAUGGUUAUGACGAAUCCUGUGAUCUCUGGAGUUUGGGGGUCAUUCUGUAUACAAUGCUGUCAGGACAGGUACCCUUCCAGUCUCAAGACAAAGGUUUAACAUGCAUCAGUGCAUUGGAAAUUAUGAAGAAAAUUAAAAAGGGAGAAUUCUCCUUUGAAAGAGAAGCCUGGAAGAAUGUAUCUCAAGAAGCCAAAGAUUUGAUACAAGGACUUCUUACAGUGGAUCCAAAUAAAAGAAUUAAAAUGUCCAGCUUGCGAUACAGUGAAUGGCUUCAAGAUGGGAGCCAGCUGUCAUCCAAUCCUCUAAUGACUCCUGAUAACUUAGGCUCUUCAGGGGCUGCUGUACAUACAUACGUCAAAGCAACCUUUCAUGCCUUUAACAAGUACAAAAGGGAAGGAUUUUGCCUCCAGAAUGUUGACAAGGCACCUCUGGCUAAAAGAAGGAAGAUGAAAAAGACAAGUACAAGCACAGAGACGCGUAGCAGUUCCAGUGAAAGUUCUCAUUCUUCCUCCUCUCAUUCUCAUGGUAAAAUUACACCAACAAAAACCCUGCAGCCAACAAAUCCUGCAGACAGCAAUAACCCAGAAACCAUCUUCCAGUUCUCUGACUGAAAAGCAGAGAAAUAUCCUCUCUUGAACAAUUAAGAGGUGAUAAGCCUGGUAGUACCUGUCCCUCCUUGGAACAGAGGGAUUACGGGGAUAUGUUCAUUGCUUUGAACAACUUGUUUCAGUUCUGCCUUUUUAACUUUUUGUUUCAAGACAUUUGGUUUUAGUCCUAGUUCAGAAUCACUGGAUGUGGUAUAAUAUUGUGAAUACAACCAUCAUUGAACUCUCUUAGGACUAGAUUGGUGUGCAGUCUAGUCCUGAGUAAGGGGUAAUCACAUUGUUGUUUUAUCCCUGGAGGAAGAGUGUGACUGAGAGCAUAAUCUCCUUUCAGUUUCCCCACUGUUCCAGGGAGGGAAUAUACAGUAAAAGUCAAUGUGUACUCCCUGAAAUGCUGUGUAACACUAGGCAUGUUGUGGGGAGCAGAGUCAAGAAUCCUCCUGCCCAUCUGCAUAAGGAGGGUCAUAGCAGCUCUGGUUCUCUCUGCACACAAGUAAUGGCGGUACAGUGCACUAAAGCAAGAGGCCAUCUUAUAUCACUUCUAACUCCCUUGUGUUGGUGCAUAGGAUAGGCCGGAACCUGGACCUUAUUUAGGAAUUUAAGAACAGAGCUGAACAUAAAAUGAGUACCAUUAUGCUGUUUUACAAAUUUAUUCCUUAAAUUUGGUUUUACGCUACUCAGAAUAUAACAGUCUUAUAUUAUCUAGAUGGAAAAGGAAUCUAUGGCUAGCAAGAUGAGGUGACUUUGCACUGUAAUGCUAUUGUUUAUUUGUAUUUCUAGAAAAUAUAAAUUUUUAAAAAACUUUUCAAGCUCCAAAAUCCAAUGAUAUACCAGAGAGAAGAAGUUGAAAUUUAAUACUGAACAUUUUUUUUAAAAUGGUCAUGUGUUCAAAUAUCUAUUUCAAGGAACAGCUAUAAUGUAUUGUGUUUAUCUUUUAUAUUUCUAUGAUAACUUGAAGAUACCAAGAUGAAUCUUUUUUUAAAAGAUGCAGAAACGCCAAAUUCCAUUUUUGUUAUCAUGGGGUUCAUAUUGAAUGCAUGCCAACUUAUGUUUUUAAUUUUGCAUUGCACAAAUGUGGCAGUUAGCUUAAUACUGAUCAUAAAAUAUUCAAAUAUAUUUUUCUUGUUUGUGCUUUAUAAAACACCUUAAUGAUUUUGAUGUUUUCUCAUGGAGUGUUUUUGGGAUCCCACAAGGUGUUGCAUGCUGCUCUGAGAUGCUGAGUGUCCUUAAGUCUCACUGAUUUCAGCGGGAGUUGUGGGCUCUUAGCACCUUUGGAGGAGUGCUCAGCACCUGGCAGGAAUGAAACCCUGUAGCUUUGCCAUUUUUUUCAUUCCUUACAUUACAUUUCCUUCCUCACAUCUUGCUUCUAUCUUGUUAUAAUAAAUAACUAGACUUGGGCAUGUUGUAUAGUGUAGUUGUAAAGCACUUAUGCACUGGGAAAACUAAAGGGAAAUUAUACUAAACACUGUGUUUCACAACUGUACACUGUUGUACUACAGUGAGGUAUUUCCUGCUGUGGUAGUAUAUUAUGUACAUAACCUGUUUGGAAUCAUAAAUAUGUGACUUUUACUGAAACAUUUCCAUAGAUAUACUUUUAAAUUGAAUAGCAUAUUUUGUAAACUUAUGCAGAGCAUUUCUACUGCUCACCUUCUGAAUGACUAGGGACAAUUAUUAAGUGCUAAAUAAGACCCCAGUUUUGUAAACAAUUACACAUGUGAGUCAUCUCAUUAACGUCAAUGAGACUACUGGUGUAAAGUACAUGUGUAAUUGUUAGCAUGAUUGGAACCUAGUUGACUAACAGAUUUUAUUAACAACUUGCUGCAUUUUAAAGUAAACUUAAUCCAAACCCUAUGCAAAAAGGAUAUAGGAAUUGUUUAUGUCAAUGGUUUUAUUUAUUUAAUUACAUCAGAUAACAGUGUUGAGAAAUCUUAUGCAGCCAUGUUUACAAGGACUGUGUUUGAUAAAACCAAGAGGUUUUGAGACCCAACAUUUGUUCUGUGUUGCUUUAAUAUUAUUAAUGACAGCAUUUUGAGGAUUUGAGAAUUACUGAUGUGAAUUACUUAAUUUACUACUUUCUUGACAUGAGUGUCAGUAGUAAUUUUAGCAUUAAUUUUAGGUUGAUGUGAAUAUUGAGACAUUUGCACUGUUUAUGUAGAAUUAGUAUAUUUAAUCUUAAAAAUCAGUAUAUAUGCUGGUAAAACAAACAAUUUAAAGUGGCUGGUGUUAAGAUAUUUUAAACUAAUAUUAAUAUAAUAUUCAGAUUUGCUUUCUGAAUACUGUCUUGGGAGUAAUCUCAGUAAUAAAUACAACUCAUUUGUAAACAAAUACAUUCUCUCUCCCCAGUAAACCUACAGUAAAUACAAAGAAAUCACAGCAACAAUUAAUAUUUAUUAUGCAAACAGCACUAACAAAUUGCAAUGCCGACUGUUUGUAAUGUUCAGUAAACCGCACUUUGAGAUAUUUUUGCUGUUCAGUUUUUCAAGUACUUUUUAAACAAAAACAAAAAGGUUUCUAAAUGGAAAAAAAAAUUGGAAUUAAAUGACCCUGCUGAAUUUAACUUCUUAAAAUAAGGGGAUAAUAAAAUGUGUUCCCUUGCUUGGGAAACUUGAAGAAAUGACUUUUUAUAUUAGAAUAACUUUAUGGGCAAUUGCUAAAAUUGACUAAAAGAGUGAUCAUUUCAUUCUGAGGAAAGUGCAGUUGUAUUUUCAUUGUUUUAUCGCACAGGCAUUUAUGAAAUACUUCAUUAUGCCAUUUUUAGACUAUAUUGGGACUCUGGAAUUAUUAUAGCUCACAGUAAUGGAUACACAUCUCUUGCAUAAAAGACAUUUUCUUUUAUACAAGGAUAUUUAGAUGCAAAGUCUGCUUUUUUUGGUGCUAUACUGGUAUAGUGUUUUGCCUAUCACCUAUUUAAUUUUUAAUAUGAGGACGAACAAUACUCAGUCACAUAUAAAUAUCAUGGACCUGAUUCUUCAUUGCCCUUUGCCUUGUGCAGUCAUUUAUGCCUAUGCAAAGUGGGUGUAAAAUUUUGCCACAUCAUAAUGUGUGACUAGAUUCUCAUUUAUGCUAAGACUACUUUACACCACUCUAUUAGUGUAAAAGGGCACUAAGUGGGUGUAAAUUACAUUUAUAGUUUAAUGACAGGUUUCAGAGUAGCAGCCGUGUUAGUCUGUAUCCACAAAAAGAACCGGAGUACUUGUGGCACCU